AUGCCCCUCCGCCCCUCCUUCAACUUCAACACCAUCCCGCCUCAAUCCCAAAUGCACCUCCUCAGCGCCUCACCCUUCCAAAACUUCGAGCUCACGCGCAUCCUCGGCACCGCGCCAACAGGCGGGUGCGCCGUCGCAGAGCUCCUCGAGGCCAUCGCGCGCAUCCGCAAGCACGACCCGGAGUCCUGGUACAGCCAGUUCCACGCCCUCGCCGUCAAGGCCGAGAGCCAGGCGCACGAGCUCCUGAACAGCGGCCAGCGGCAUGCAGCGCACAGGGCGUUCCUCCGCGCGACGAGCUAUUUCCGCGCGGCGCCGUAUAUGCUUGUCCCGACGCCCUCGCCUCCCGACGUGGACAGACGCGUCCUGCACUGCGCGGAGCGCUCGGCGCUGGCGUUCCAGCAUGCCGCGCGAUAUUCGGACGAGUAUAGCCUCGUUGAUUUUGAGAUCCCGUUUGAGGGGCAUCGGCUGCCGGGAUACCUGCUGCUGCCGCGGCCGUUGCCACUGCCAUCAGCACCUGCGGGUACGUCCACGAGCAGUGUGCGCCACCAUCCCGUCCUCCUGAACAUCGGCGGCGCAGACAGCACGAAGGAAGAACUCUUCUUCAUGCUGGGCGCGCCGGCCCUCAAGCUCGACUACGCCGUGAUUCUCUUCGACGGGCCGGGGCAGGGUCUCGCGCUUAAGCGCGACAAGAUCCCAAUGACGCCUGCGUUUGAGCGCGUCACUGACGCAGUCCUCGAUGCGCUCUGGGACACGGCAGAGCGGCACCCGGAGUACGGGCUUGAUUUGGGCCGCGUCGCGGUGGCGGGGACGAGUCUGGGCGGGCACUUUGCGCUGAGGGCGGCGGCGGGGGAUGGAAAGCGCGGCGCCAGCGCUUCGAGCACGUCCACGUCCACGUCUGAGAAUGAGCAUGAGAGUGCGAAUGCGAAGACGACCGCUGCCCCCCGCAUCGCCGCCUGCGCCGCCGUCGACGCCGUCUACAGCAUGUGGGACGUUGCGGCGACGCGCAUGCCCGGCUGGUACCUGGGCCUCUGGACGAGCGGGUACCUGCCCGAGAGCGUGUUCGACUGGUCGUGCCAGCAGCACAUGGGGCUGGACUUUGCGACGCGGUGGGAGUUCGCGCUCGUCAUGUGGAUUAUGGGCUGCGGCACGCCGGGCGAGGUGCUGCGUGCGUUUCAGCGGUACUCGCUGCGCACGGCCGAGGGCGCGGAGAUGCUGGCGGACGUGCGAUGUCCGGUUCUGCUGACUGGUGCUCCGGAUACGAUCUAUGUGCAUCCGGCGUUGAGCUCGGAGAGGAUCCGGCGCGAGUUGUCGGGCGUUCGGGAGGUGCAGGUUUGGGUUCCUGAGGGCCCGGGGGAGGGCAGUUUGACGGGGAAGGUGGGAGCUUGGGAGGGGCUUGCGGGGAGGGUGUUUGCUUUUUUGGACCGGGUGAUGGGUGUGAGGAGGUGA